CAUACGUGACUAGAAAAAAGGAUUUUAGCACGGAUUUUUGUAAUAAUCGUUUAAAAAAUUUGUUUAAAAGGAAGAAGAGUAGCAUCAUCCAGCAUUGUGGGCAAGUUUGUCUCGCUAACACAGUCACAAUGGUCCGGGCGUUGCAUAUUCUUGCAACGUUGCUUGCUCUAAAACUCAGUUAUGGAAAUCCCCAACCUGGAUAUCCUGUUGAUCCUCAUUGUCCACCUGAAGAUUGUGAACCGUAUCCAGUACACUGUCCUUACCCAAUACCUGAACCAGUAUGUGAAAUUCCGGUAAUACCACCACCACACUACCCUCAUCCAAUACCCGAUUGUGACUAUCCGUAUCCUGGAUAUCCUCAUGGCCCCAUAAAUCCUGGUCCAUUACCACCACUUCUACCACUUCCUCCUCAUCUUCCAAUUCCUAAACCAUGUGAUGGUCUACCAGGUGCCUGGCCAAAUGAAUGGCCAUGUUAUUUCCCAUGUGGUUGGCCAGAUGAUUGGCCUUGCGAUUUUCCACUUGGUUUGCCCAAUAACUGGCCUAUUGAUUUUCCACACGGAUUACCACAUGACUGGCCUAAUCACUUCCCACAUGGUUGGCUACCAGAUAAUUUACCACAUGGAUAUCCCAAUGCUUGGCCCUGUGACUGGCCUGAAAACUGGAGGGAUUACUGGCCUGAUUGCUGGCCUAAUUACUGGAAUGAUUGUGAGCUUCCAAUACCAUUACCACAUGGACAUGGAUAUCCACACGGACCAUACCCAGGACCAGGACCAUACCCAUGCCCAGGUCCCUUAUGAACAUACCCAAGUCCAGAUCCCUUACCACUAUCCAGUUAUCCAGUUUAAUUCUGCAUUCUACGCUUUGUAAGGUAUUAGGAAUAAUGUUCAGUUUGCAUAAGUAGGUAUCGUGACUUAUAUUUUAUUGAAUAUGUACUAAAAUAUAAUGGUUAACAAAAAAUAA